AGCGGCAGCAAUGCCAGUUACUGUGAACAGAAUAAAAGUAGCCCGGCUUACAUCAAGCAGAAGGAAGUUCAAGAAAAAGCCUCUAUUUUUAAUAUGGAGUUGGACUUAACUGGGGCAGUUCCCAGCCUUAUAGUUGCCUUUGUCAUUGUAGCUAAUGGGGAUCGCCAAGGACGCAAGAGGUCUUUAGUUUUACCAUCAAUGGGAGCUUUGAUUGCUAAUAUUUGCCUCACUGCAAUAUCAUAUUUUUCCUUGUCACUCUCUAUCCUAUUUGCGGUUGCAUUUGUUUCUGGACUGUUUGGGAGUAUGGCAACUUUCCUUGGAGGAGGCUUUGCUUUUAUAGCAGACGUGUGUCACGAUGAGAAGCAGAAGACAACACGAAUAGCCGUGGUGGAUUUGAUUUUUGGAGUUGUAUCUGGAUUGGCAGGACUGUCAUCUGGCUACUUUCUAAGAGGAAUAGGCUUUACAUGGACAUUUGUGACAUCAUCUCUCCUUCAUGUCGUUAAUAUUAUCUAUAUUAUAUUUUUUCUGGAAGAUACAGUAAGUGUAUCUGAAUUCCAGCACCAGGCACCAGUAUCUUGUAAAGACCUCCUUAAAGAGACAUUUUCUGGAGUGUACAUGCUUUUUAAAACUGCCCCUUAUAAAAAGAGAAUUUUAAUAACUGUGUUACUUUUUACAUUUAUGACUUACUUGUUUACUAUGGUUGGUGGGAGUUCGCUUUUUACACUGUAUGAACUAGAUGAGCCACUCUGCUGGAAUGAAGUAUACAUUGGAUAUGGAGCAGCUGCGUUCACUUCUGUCUCUCUCACCAGUUUUUUAGGAGUUUACUUAUUUUCUAAAUGUCUCAAAGACAUUUAUAUUGUCUUUAUUGGGAUAUUUUCUUACAUUGGAGGAAUGGUCAUGGCUGCCUUUGCCAAAACUACCCUGCUCAUGUUUUUAGUAAGAGUGCCAUCUUUGUUCUGCUUUAUGCCUAUUCCUGUUCUCCGAUCCAUGCUGUCAAAAGUGGUUCUCACUGGUGAACAGGGUGCUGUGUUUGCUUGUAUUGCCUGUUUGGAAGUUGUGACCGGCAGUAUUUCACUUUCAGUUUUUAAUACUCUCUAUGCAGCUACUGUUGCGUGGUUUUCAGGCUUUAGCUUCCUCUUAUCAGCAGGCCUUUGUCUAAUUCCACUGGCUGUCCUGUGCUGGCUUCUGUGUACAAGCUGGAAUGGGGAGGACUUGGCUCUGCUUGUACCUGAAGAAGUAUCCAGCAUAGAGAGCACUGAUAGUUGAACAAGGAUUCACCUACCUGGGUUUUCUAAUCUGACAUGCAGUGGCAGAGACCAUUAUGUCAUAGAGAGACCACAGAGAUAACACAACACUUGCAGACGCGAUCUCAAAGUGGCCCUGCAGCCAUAAGCACUAAAUUGGUAGCACUUUUUAUCCAGUCUCUUUUUACCACUUGAAU